AACGCGAAUUCGUCUGUUUGUUUGUUGUCGAGUGCGAGUGCGAGUUCGAUUUCCGAGCUGUGAGUUCUGAGUUCUACGUGAAUGAAACGUGAGCGAGUCGCGCAAAAAUUAUUCGAAGCGCGUUUGUGUCGCUUCGAAUUUUAUUACGUAUACGCCGCGUGCCGUUUGCAUUUAGCCAUUCGCUAUUUGUUUGGCAAUUUAUUCGACUUGUGUCACAAGGCAUGCCAAAUAUGACAACGAGAAAUGAAAAUGAAAAUGUAAAUGCCAAGCGAGCAAUUUGCCUAGAACAACACAACACAAUGAGAUAAAGCAACAACAGUGAUAACAACAACAACAAUAACAAGAAUAACAACAACUGCGGCAGCAACUUGAAUUCAAUGUCGAUAAGGUGGCGCACGCGGCAAACAAUUCGAAAAUAUUAGCACAAAAAACCAAAGUAAAAACAAAGAAAGAAAACAGAAAAAAUAAUAGUAGUAAAAAUUGAAUUCUGCUUUUGCUCAUUUUUGCUUUGCUUUGCUACACUUCAUCGGGUUUUUUUAUGUGUUGUUGCCAUUCACGUGAUACGUGCGACCGCCUAAGAUAAGCAAAGACAGAUUGUUGGACACACGGGGCGUAUGAUUGUUGUCAGUGUGUGUUUGUGUGUGUGUGUGAGGCGUCAGCGUAGCGACUGCAUGCCAAAAUCGCCAAGAAUUUAGGAAUUCAUAAUAAAAGCCAAGAAAUUCAAAAAUAAAGAAAUAUAUAUAAUAAAAACAAAUGAGAAUCGUAAAAGCAGUUCUGUGUCCGUGUGGCUAAAAAGCUCGUUAAGCAAAAUAGAAGAAGAAAAGUUGCUGAGAAAAGCAGAAAACCCUUGAAAUCAAAAGUAAACACAGCAGCAGAGGCAGAGGCAGCAAAAUAAAAUAACACCGUGACGACAAUCUGCUGCCAUGAGAGCUGCCUCGGGUGCAGUGCAGCAGCAGCAACAACAACAACCAGAACAACAACAACUACAACAAAUAUCAUAAUAAUAAUAGUAAGAGCAGAAGCUGUUCGUAGUCAGUUGUGGCAGCUGCACCAAUGAUAACAACAAUAAAGCCACAAGAGACACAACAAACGGAAAUCAAAUUCAAAGAUGCAAAUUACAAUUUGCAUUCAAACGACAAAGAAGAAGACGAAUAACCAGAGCAACAACAACAAUAAGAAGAACAUCAUCAUCAACUGCUGCUGCUGCUCUGCUCUGACAACAUUAGGAGGCAAACAAUUGUUGUUGUGCUAACUCAAUAAAAUUUUAAACCAAACGCAUACAUAUCAAGUGAGCAACGACAUCAUGAUCAAAAAGGGCAUUUUGAUACAGCGCAAAAGUCAGGAGGAUGCCAGCUACACGAAGCAACUCAAGAUGGAGCACGCCGAUCUCGUGGCCGAGAUGCAGACUGUCGAGAGUCUGCCAACCCACGAGAGACUCCAGCUGGCCAGACUACGGCGUGCUCAGCAGCUGAAACUUGCGAGGCAGAAGGAGAAGGAAUGGCUGAAGCUGCAACGGGCCAAGGGGCAGGCGAGCAACGGGGGCAGCGGCGGUGGCAACGUUGCGAGUCUGUUGAAUGGCAGCGCGGGAGAUACAACACAUCAUUUUCGGCAUGCGAAUGGAUCGGGCACAUUGAGUGGCAGGCGGCACAUUUCGUUCGAGAAUAGCGUGGUGCUCUUGGAGGCAGCGUCGCGGAAUGAUAUGCCCGAGGUGGCGGCGUUGCUGCAACAUGGCAUCACACCGGAUGCCGCAAAUGAGGAUGGACUGACGGCGUUGCAUCAGUGUUGCAUCGAUAACAAUGUCGAUAUGCUGCGGCUGCUGCUCGACUAUGGGGCGAAUGUGGACUCGCAGGACAGUGAUAAAUGGACGCCGUUGCAUGCGGCUGCCACCUGCGGCCACUUGGAUCUGGUGCGCAUACUCAUACGCCACAAUGCCAACCUGCUGGCGGUCAACACCGACGGCAACAUGCCCUACGAUCUGUGCGACGACGAGAACACGCUCGACUUCAUCGAGGGCGAGAUGGCACAGCGUGGCGUCACCCAGGAGCUGAUCGAUGAGACGCGCUCCUCCACGGAGCGCGUGAUGCUCAAAGAUCUGAUGGAGCUGGCGCGCAUUGGCGGCGAUCUCGAGGAGCCAGACUAUCAAGGUGCCACACCGCUGCACAUCGCCUCUGCCAAUGGCUAUGUGCGUGUGGUGGAGUUUCUGCUGGAGCAGCACGUCAAUGUGGAUGCCAUGGACAAGGAUCUGUGGACGCCGGUGCAUGCGGCCGCCUGUUGGGGGCAUCUCGAAGUUCUUGAGAUGCUUGCGCAAUGUGGCGCCGAUUUGAAUGUGCGCAACAAGGACGAUGAGACGCCCUCGGAUAUCUGCGAAGAUCCCGAGAUACGUGAACGCAUUGAGCAGCUGAAAACGGAGCAGGAGAGCAAACGACUGGCGGAGGCGCAACGACGGCGCGUUCGACGCUCGCAGAGCAACAACACCAGAGCCCAAUCGGUGCGUCGCACCAGUCUGCGCGACAAAACGCUUACAACCAAAAAGGAUGCCGUCGAAGAGGCUCGUCUGCGUCUGCAGGCACAGGAGGCCACAGACACGACCUCCACCAGCACCAGCACAACUGCGGCUGCCGAUCUGCCCAAUGGUUAUGCCUAUCACACGACCAGCACCAGUUCGAGCAGCAGCAACGGCAACAGCAACAACAAUAAUAAUGUAAAUACUGCUGAAAAGCGUCCCUCCACCGCCAGCUUGAAUGGCCAAUUGUUAUCGCACUCCAAAUCCGCGGAUGCCGUGGACAAUGUUAUCCUCACAACGACACAUUCCUAUCUGCCGCGUCGUCCGCCCGAUGGACGCGAAAACGAUGAGCAGCUGCUGCUGAAGGCCCAAGGUGGAGCUGCUGCUGGAGCUGGUGGCGACUCUGGCGGAGAGCUGCAACGUGCCACCUCUGCGGCAGCUGUCAUACUGACUGACAAGGGCACGGCUGCGAGCGCCGAAGCGGUGCAAAUCCAAUCCUCCAAGGAGGCGGGCAAUGGCAAAAUCAACGUACAGGUCACCGUGCUAGUGGACACAAACAGCACGCAUCAUCAGCAGCAGCACCACCAGCAACAUACUCAUCAACAGCAGCAUCAGCAGCAACAUCAACAACAGUUGCAGCAACAUGCGCUGCUGUUGCAACAUCAGCAACAGCAACAGCAACUACAGCAGCAGCAGCAGCAACAUCAGCAAUAUGUUGCUAUGGAUGCGGGUGCCGUUACUUUAUCAAAUUUGAAAAAGCAACGUUCGCUGUCACGCACUGCCAAUGUGCUGAACAAUUUCGAACUCUCAUCCACAACAACAGCAACAGCAACAACUGCCACAACAUCGGCGGCAAGUGCAACGUGCAACAAUACUACAACUAAUGGUUCUGUUUUAGGAGCCGCCACUACGGUUAAUCACAACAACAACAACAACAACAAUAACAACAGCAGCGCCAACAACAACAAUAACAACAACGGUGCCAACGGACCAAUUGCCACACAACCGCUUGGACUUGGCUCAAUGAGUCCCAGUUUGCUGGACUUCGAAGCAGCUGGACCAGCGUCUGCGGCCAACGCGAAUUCGGUUAACAAAUUCAGCGGCAUCACCGGCGAUGUGGUCAGCGACAGCACCAGUUCCAGUCGCAAAUGCUGUGUGCUCAUGUAAAACUAGCAGAGAAAGAGAGAGAGAGAGCGAAAACCACAGCGGACUACAAAAUAAACAGGGUAUUAAACAGCAACAACAACAAAAGCAGAAAGGAUUGCCAGCCGUUAAGCUUACCAAAAUUUGUGUGUAUGUGUGGGUAACUGGGGGGAUUAGUUGGAUAAUUGGGUAGGGAAAGUGGGGGGGAAUAUGUUAUGUGUGCAUGUUGUACUAUUUGUUAAAUAUUUGGUAAACAAUUUGAGCAACAAUUAGCAAUUUUGAAAUGCCUGGCAACCUGGCGAAUUGGGUAGCAAAAGCAAAAAGUGUCUUUAAUUAGCAUUUUAGUAGCAGCAAGAGUUCGAUAAGCAAACAAUUGCGAAUUCAAUUUGUAAAUGAUAAACAAUAAUUGUAAAAUCAAAUGAUAAAUGUGUAUACAAAUGGGUUCAAUUCUAUGAGCUCCACAUUCGAGAAAAACGGCUCAAAGUCGUGGCAUUUCCUAAGCCAGUUAAAAUAUUAAUUGUAAACAAACAAACACACACACACACACACACAACAAAAUACGAUACAAAUUUAUAUAUACGAUAUAUGUAUAUGUUUACACAUUUUAAUGUUUAUUAAAAAAAAAACAAAAUGAAAACUAAACGAAGAAAAAAAGAAAACAA